UGAUAGCCAAUCAAAAUAUCUUUUCCUUGGCAACGUUUAUACUAUGGACACUAAUGUACACUGUAGAAUGUGAACUCAAUAUGCAUUUAAACAGAUAAAAUAAUGAAAGCCUGAUAUCGCUUAAAACCAAAAUUAUUGCAGUAAUGGCAGAAAUGCAAGGAAUCUUUGCCGAUGCAAAGAAAAACCGCUUUUCAAGCAUAAACGCUCUAUCAGAUGACGAUUUAACAAAUGUGUGGGAAAAUGUAUCUAGAUUCAUUGAAAGUCAGAUGAACCAACAAAAGGGUGUGAAUAUAGCGGCCCUUGGAACGUUUACAUUUUCCCAAAAGAAACUGGAUAUAGGCAAUAACAAGUUUAUUAUGAUGCAGAGACCUAUUUUCAUGUUGUCUGAAAGAUUUGCUCAAACUCACAAUCUACAGAGUACAAAAUAUCAUGUCCCAGGUCAAAUACCAGUUGUACAGUUAAACUUUGCUUCCAUGGCACAUGAGAGUCCUUUUGACAGGGAUACAGUAGAGAGUUGUGUGAAAGAAAUUCUUGGGUCUGUCAACAGGGCUGUCAACACAAAAAGGAAUUUAGAACUAACAUUCAGUGGAAUAGGAAGGCUUACAAUCAGAGAUUCAAAAGUUAAAAUGAGGUUUUAUAAAGAAUUUAUCAAUCAGAUGGAUGGCUCAGGAAAGAUGGUGGACUCCAUGCAAAACCGUCCAGGUACCGUUGAUUCUGUGAUGUCUGAUCGACUUCCAUCAAGAGCUGGGUCUAGUGCUACAGUAGUCCUACCAAAAAUAUCAAAUUCCAAUAUAGCCAAUGGAGGUGGUGGACUUGCACCAGUCACCGAACAGGAUGAACCUCAGUUUAAUGGAGAGGAACAGAAUGGGUAUGAACCUCAGGGAGAUAUGUUCCUCCGUCCACCAGACUUGACAGAGGAAGGAAUGGAGGGGCUGGACAUCGGUGAUGAAGCUACAAAUGCAGCAAUAAGACACAUUCAAUUUAGAGGAGAGGGUCUGGAUGAACCCCUCCCAGGGGAAUAUGCCCCAGUCCAUAUUGCUCCGCCUUUCGAAACUGUUGAUGACGAAAGUUACUUACCUGCGAUUGAUGGUCAUUUGAAGAAGGCUCCUGUUGCUCCCAGUCGCUCAGGCUCCAGAAUGGCCAUGCCUAUGGCUAAGGCUACAGGAGUGAGUCUACUGGAUGACUUAAUACUGUCUACCCAGUCUCCUCACUCAGCUCCAUCACCUAACAACCUAGCCAGAUCAAGUCUUAAUCCAUUGAAUGACACACAUGGAGUGCCGAAUUCUUUGUCACCUAAGUUGCGACCUUUGGAAAGAGCACAGAGUGCAGACCAUGUCAAAUUUAAUGUGCCAACGCCACCUAUGUCUGCUUGUGGACAUCCUAAUGCUGGUCAAGAACUUUGUUACCUUUGUCACCAGAGAGGUCGUAGAAACAUACCUGUCUCUUUCAAUGAAGAACGUAAGAGGAGAGAAGAUGAAGAAGAUACCUUGCUAAAACAAUUCCAGCAGAUGAAAGAUGCAGAAGAAACUUUAGAUGAGCAGGAAAAUAAUUUGGCAAAGAGACACAACUUACAGAAAAUGGCUGCCUUCAAUUUAGGUGUAGCUGAAGCAGUACAAAAUAAAAAGAAAUCUAGAGAAACAGACUUUCAUAGAUCAUACAUAUUCCAGAGACGGCCACUUACACCUCCUAGAAUUUUCAAACAAGAAGAAUACUCUAAAGAUCUUGGUCAGCAGGUUGACCAAAAAGAAGAUACAAAGAAGAAGAGACAGGCAGAUGAGGACUUUUUGGAAAGAUUGGAACAAGUUCAGCUUGCAGAAGAUCUAGCCAAACAGAGGGAACAGUUCUUAAGAGAGAAAGCUGAACAACAAGAUAUGUAUAAGAAUGCUUUGGAAACUCAGAUUUUUAUCCGAGACUUAUUCCGGAAACCAGAUGGGCUGCUCCGUUCACCAGAACCACCAACCAUGAUUAUCCAGGAACCAAAGCGACUACUGACAGCUGAUCUAUUUGCCACAGCUCGUCGUCCUAUGCACAGUCGCAGCAACAUUAGUCCUUUUUCUUUACCUAUGCUUCCUAAAGUUAUUCGUCCAUUCUCAGAACCAGAUUGUUCCAUGGUUAAACCCUCUCCUAGACGGCUGAGGUUUAAACCAGUACAAGUGCCACCAAGAGAACCUGAUCAUGAAGUAUUUGGUAAGCAUGAUAUGAACAACGAGAAAAUGGCAGAAAAAAGAAGAAAAGCAUACGAUCUAUUUAAAGAACAACAAGAUUUAGUGGCUCAAAAGAAGAGGGAAGAGAUUCUUAAGAGACUCCAAGAACAAAGACAGGAAGAAGAUAUUUUACAAGCAACAAAGAAUGAUCUUAUGGGUGAUCGAUCAUACAAGUAUAAACGUAGGUUUGAGAAGAGGAAAGAUUUAGAAGGGGAUUGGAGAUCGGCUGCCAUGUCAAAGAAAGAGAAAGAAAUGGAAGAUCGAUUACAUGCGUUAAGUCCAAGCCUCCUACUUCACGAACAGUGUGAUAAAUAUAGCAGAUGUCGACAGUGUAAACGCAAAAUGAAAAACUGCGGAGAAUCUAAUAUUUGGAGUGAAUCACGCUACAUUCCAGGCUCUAGGCUAAUGGUUUAGACACUUACUAUAAAAUUUCUAUCACACACUUUCAAUCUUUUUGGAAAAAUUGUGUAAUCGUCAGUAUUAUAUGUCUAAUCAUACACACAGUCACUAAGCUUAAAUGUUAAAUCAGGAUAGGAUUUAUGGUUUUAAGUCAUCUUAUGUGUUCUGUUUAUUUAAAACUCUUGUACUGUCUUUUGAUUAAUGAACAAAAUAAAUUUAAUGAUUGUUAUCGUUCAGCACACUAUAAAUUCAUACACUAUUUUAAAUAUUUUUUUAAUUUCUUUGUUACUGGAGCUUGAAUAUUUUUCAUUUUUUAAUUAUUUUAAAAUUUAAUGUCAUGUAAAUGCAGUAUAUGAUUGCUGUGUGUUUUUAGCUGCCAGUCAUCUACUAUAUAUGUGUUAAGCCAGUAUGUCCUAUGUAAAGAAAGUAUUGCCGCCAUAUUUCAAAGCAAUGUGAUAGCACUUUUUUGCAUUUUAAUUUAUUUUGAAAGAUUCCACAUAGUACAUUUUAAAAGUGAUGUAUUUGUGUAUUAUGUAUUUAGUACUAAUUAAUCUGUGAUAUGUUUGAUGCAAUAGAAGUCUAAUUGGGUUUUUUAUAUAUAUAUAUUCCACUCCUGUACUGCUGUAAGAAUUGAAAAUGUAAUCUUAAAAGAGUUUACUAACUUUUUGUACUAAGCAUGUUUAUUACACUCUAAUAAUGUUUAAAUUAUUUGUUGCAAAGAAUAAGUUUUUGUGAAUGCUCUAUUGGAAAUUAAAAUUAUAAAUGAUACCAGGGCAAAAACUUUUAAUUCAACUGGUUAUUAAUAAGAGAAACAGAAAUGAAGUUAUAAAGUUAUAUAUCUAAAGAUGGAAAGUUGUAUUAAUGAGUUCUUUAAAGAAUUAGAUAUUCAAUUACACCAUAAAGAUUAUUAAAUUAUAUUGUAGAGUUUUUUUUCCAUGUAAGGUUGUGUAGCAUCAUUUUUCUCUGUAUUUUUGUAUACUGUUAUUGUUAAGAUAUUCUGUGAUAUGAAUGUGUUGUUAAUGGAGAUAUUUUUAUCAUGUAUAAGAAGUGAAUAUACAAACUGCUUUUAUGAUUAGGCAUUUUCAAAUAAACAAUUUGAAAUGUU